AUGGAAUCAUCAUACAGUUACGCUGAUGACGGAGUUUGCAAAAAGGACCAAAGCCUCCCUGUCCAUGCAAAAGUAAGCAAGAACAAACUAUCAAUCAGCUUAGGGGCAAAAGAAGAGACCAGCAAAAAGAAACCAGGGCCAGGGGAAAAAGAAAGGAGACGAGAAGACAAGAAUUUAAACCAGUUCGGUUAA